AUGUCUGGAUACGAAAGUGAGGCUUCCUUACCCUCACGCUCAUUUAAAGACCAUAGUAACUAUAUUACAUUAGAAUCACCACGAGCUUUGUCUCAAUCAUUUGAGAUACCGUCAAAUCACGUCGUGGAUGUACCUAAUAAUAGUGUCACGCGUACCUUCUCUGCUACUGAUCUAUACGACGUGAGUGCUAUGAUAGCAACAAAUGCAAAUUCGUCCAUGGUCAAACCGGCUACGACGUUACCGGACCAUCGGUCACGGUUUUUGAAUGAUAGUGAGCUAUUACUUGCGGCAAAUCCUGUACCGACACGUGAAUCCUUUGCAACGCUCAAUGAAACGGAUGAAAAGACAUGGCACCAACGCUCAACCGAGUUGAUCUCGAAGAUGCUUAAUACGAAUUUUGAACGAGGACUUCAUGGUAUGGACGUUGAGAGACGGAUACUACGUUAUGGGUUAAAUGCUCUGGAAGAAGAAGCACGGACGCCUGUUAUUGUGGUCUUUUUACUGCAAUUUUACAACCUCAUUAUUGCCAUGCUGCUGUUUGCAGCAAUAGCGUCCUUGGCCUUACAAGAGUGGGUUGAGGGAAUUGCUAUACUUGCUAUUGUGACGCUAAAUGCCGCAGUGGCGACUUUCCAAGAACACUCGGCCAGUAAUGCGCUGGCUGCGCUGGCGAGUCUAUCAAGUCCACAGUCUCUUGUCAUUCGUGAUGGCAUGCAGCAAGUGGUAGACAGCAAACAGCUGGUUCCUGGUGACAUUGUCGUACUUGUCACUGGUGAUGUUGUGCCUGCGGAUAUUCGCCUAUUCACAAGCGUGGAUUUGAAAUGCAACGAAAUGCUUCUCACAGGCGAGUCAGAAGAUGUACACAAGAAGUACAAUGCAGUACUCUCUGGUGUAGAUAAACCUGCUAAACUGACAGCUAGUAACAUGGUGUUUUCGUCAACGACGAUCACUGCAGGUAAUGCACGAGGCAUUGUAGUGGAGACUGGUAUGAAUACUCGUGUAGGCUCCAUCGCAGCACUCUUGCAAGCUCAAAGCGAUUCCCCAGACGCAGAAACAAAGAAAAAAUGGAUUCGCAAUCCAGUUGGUGACUGCAUCGCCAAACACCGGCCCAAACUUACUCCGUUGCAAAGAGCCUUGCACCACAUGGGCUUUAUUAUGGGUAUGAUUGCACUGAGUGUGGCCUUGCUCGUCUUCAUUGUUGGCAUGUUACGCGGCACCGAAGAUCCGAGACAUCCCAACCGACCUACCUACCUUACAAUGAUCAUGACAGCGGUGUCGAUUGCUGUCAGCGCUGUGCCUGAAGGCUUACCGAUGGUGGUGACAAUUUGUCUAUCGUCUGGUACAGCCGAGAUGAUCAGAAAGAACGUACUCGUGCGUAAGCUUGCUGCCGUGGAAACUCUGGGCGCAGCUUCAGUUAUUUGUACCGACAAGACGGGCACUUUGACAGAGGGAAAAAUGACUGCAGUAAAACUCUGGGGCGAUUUCCGAGAGUAUACUAUCACCGGCAAGGGUUUCAACCCCGAUGGCUUCAUUCUCUCGCCUGACGGCAUGAACCAAGCGGAGCCAGAGGCUGGAAACGUCCAGCUUCGAGCUACUCUCAUGGCCUCCGUGCUCUGCAGCAAUACUCAACUUAAACAAGUAGAAGGCGACGACGGCGAAACUCCACGAUGGCUGCCAUUUGGCAACUCGUCUGAGGCGCCUUUGGUCGUUGCUGCUGCAAAAGCGGGUAUCUGGGAAGACAAUCUCCUGGACGACUACCCGCGCCUCGUUGAAGUGCCAUUCAGCUCGUCACGUAAGAUGAUGAUUACUGUCAACGCGGUUCCGGUUGUAAGCGGCUUCGCGAUGUUUGAUACGCUAGCGCUUCCUGGUGACGUACCGCCGAAGCUUGUGGCCAACGUCAAAGGGGCUCCAAAUUACAUUCUGCGUAAUUGCACGCAGUAUUGCCAAAGAGAUGGCACGUUCCAGACUCUAGACACCGCUCAGCGCAAUAAGAUUUCGGAGGCUGUGGAGGCACUGUCAUCGCAGGCACUGCGUGUGCUCGCGGUAGCAAUCCAGCCAAUGCAGGAGCUACCAUACGCCAAGGACUGCGAUGAUGUCGAUGAGAAGUUUGCUGCCUUGGCCAAGCCGCUAGUAUUUCUGGGACUUGUUGCCUCCAUUGACCCAGAGCGCGACGGAGUGCGCGAUGCUAUCGCGACUGCACGGGCAGCCUCUAUCCGCACUGUGAUGAUCACGGGAGACUAUCUUGCCACAGCCGUCGCAAUUGCCAAAAAUAUUGAUCUGUUACAAAUCGGUACUGAUCUUGAGGCUCAAGCAACGGACUGCACUAAACUCCGGAUGAACGGUGAUGUGUAUCUACCACCUGCUGACAUCGAUGAGAUUACCUCUCGUACCCUCGUGUUUGCCCGUGCAAAGCCCGAAGAUAAGAUCGAAAUCGUGAAGUCACUUCAACGCCAGGGCCUCAUCGCUGCGAUGACUGGUGAUGGUGUUAACGAUGCGCCUGCACUAAAGGAAGCUGAUAUUGGUGUGGCCAUGGGCAUUUCAGGGACAGAGGUCGCCAAAGGCGCUUCUGACAUGAUCCUGACGGACGACAAUUUUUGCAGCAUCGUGGCCGCAGUAGAGAAGGGUCGUGUCAUUUACGCCAACAUUCAGAAGUUCGUCAUGUUCUUGCUGUCAACUAACAUCGGUGAGAUCAUUUUGAUCUUCCUGUCCGUAGCCGGAGGGUUCCCGCUUCCGCUGGAGGCGUUGCAUAUUCUUCUUCUCAACCUGUUCACUGACGGUAUGCCUGCUGUGGCCCUGAGCUUGGAGAAAGGUGAGCCCCAUAUCAUGAACGACAAGCCGCGCCACAAGGGUGCUCCGCUGAUAGUUGGACGGCUAUGGCUGCUCGUGCUGUUCAAUGCCUUCUUACUUCUGGCGGGUGCCAUGACUACUUUUUUGUUGGGGCUCUACUGGAAUUUUGGUGAGCUACUGGUGAAUGACAUUUACAAUGCUGGCGGUGGUUCGAAUGGAACGGACUACACGGACGUGACGUGUCGUCGCUGGGAGGGAACAAACGACGGAUGGAAGGUGUACGGCAACUGCGCAGCACAGUUCACCGACGGUACCUACAUCUUCGGCGAGGAAGUGGCGGCAAUGACUUUAUUUGAGAACGCAACUGUCUACUGCGAAGGUGGCAACUACGACUGCGUUCCAGCGGGUUUAGGUCGCACACAGACUAUGGUGUUUCUAGGAUUGGCCUUCACGGAGGUAUUGCGAGCCUACACAGUGCGUCACUUUACGGAGCCUGUUUUCACGCGGAUGCUGUCAAAUGGAUAUAUGCAGCUUGCGGCGUGUAUGUCGCUGGUGCUGACCAUCCUUGUGUCGAACGUCCCUGUUGUCAUGGACGACGUUUUCGGUUUUGAGUACAUUUCGUGGUUCCAGUGGAUCGUGGUCGUUGCUGUCGCAUUCAACAGCGCAUUCUGGGGUGAGAUGCUCAAAACAAUUUUGAGACGACAGGACUGCGCCGAAGCUCGUUGGGAUCACAUGAGGUCUGGUUUCGAAGAGAUUUUGCUUGAAAUCCGGCAUGUGCGCCAUCACGUCGAGCGACUUGGGGCUGGAGGUGGUGGUCUCAAGUUUGAGUAA